AUGGUGCAUGAUCGAAGAUUAAUGUUGACCAAAGAACAAGCUUCAGCACAUUUUCCUGAAAUAGAAUUUGGCUUUGAAGCGGUGGGUGGUAUGCCGUUCGGGGAAGACAUUGAUACGAUAAUACGUGGGGAUCUUAUUAUAAAUUCUAACGCGUUACCGGGUCUCGCUGAUGGCGUCAUCAUCGAAAUUUAUCAUCCGGAAGACGUCGGUCCUCGUUUACUACUUCAAGUUCAGAUCAAGAAGGAUUCAGGUGCUUUAAUAGCUAAAGAUAAUGUUAGCGUCGAAGAAGGAAUUGCUCAAACAUUCAAUCUCCGGGCGUAUGUCCAUGUCAUCGUGAAUUUGGUUGAACCGGCGAAAGUUUCGUUGGACUCCGUCGAAGUAACAUUUAAGGAUACCUAUUUUGCACGUUCGGACAUGUGGAAGCUGAAGGAGUGUUUGAUUGGGACCUGCAUAUACCUGAAUAAAAAGCUAGAAUUCUGCAGUGGUUGCGUAAGAUGCCAGGUGUACGAGAUGUGGUGUCGUGGAGAUCGAGUCGGCAGCGGUGUGGUGACGCGGGAUACUAAAGUUGUGUUCCGGUCAUUGACUGGAAUGGUGUAUCUGUUCAUACAAAUGUCGGCAGAAAUGUGGGAUUUCGACAUUCACGGUGACUUGUACUUCGAGAAGGCCGUCAUUGGUUUCCUCAAGGAUUUGUUUUCGAAGUGGAAGCGGCAAGGAAGUAAUCACGAAGUAACAAUCGUGCUAUUCUCGCGCACCUUCUACAAGGCGAAGAGUUUGGAUGAGUUUCCCGAUUACAUGAAAAAAUGCCUCCAACAGGAUCACAAGGGUCGUUUCUAUGAAGAUUUUUACCGGGUUGCCGUGCAAAAUGAACGAUACGAAGACUGGUCUCCGAAGUUAUGCCUUCUUAAAAAAUUGUUCUAUGAACAUGAACGUAAAGUUUUGGGAUGUCACGAAAGGUCUGGAUUCAAGGUGCCCAAAGCCGUCAACUCGUCUGCUAGUCAAGGAAAUUUCUUGGAAACUCUAAAUAUAUCGUUGAAUGUUUUUGAGAAGCAUUACAUCGAUCGUAGCUUAGAUCGAACAGGACAAGUUUCUGUGGUGAUUACUCCUGGGGUAGGCGUUUUCGAAGUCGAUCGAGAGCUCACGAACAUAACGAAGCAGAGGAUAAUUGACAACGGUGUUGGGUCUGACUUGGUUUGUCUCGGCGAGCAACCGCUUCAUGCUGUUCCAUUAUUCAAGUUUUACAGCAAGCUGUCUUCUUCAGAAGGUGUCACGGCAGACUUCAGCAUGCCCCACAAUUGGAUCAAUUUAAGUUUUUACUCAAGUUCUAACAAGCAGAUGGGUUACAAUACUUUCAUACCGCGUGUCAAGAUUCCCGAAGCUUCGCAGUUCGACAAGAAAAGAUUGAAAGGGGUAGAUGGGAAUCCCAAUGGGACGCAAGAUAACGUAAAUUCGAAUGUCGCUUCCUUUUGUGCUGCAUUCCCUACGUCUCCAAGGGAUUACGAUGCAUACGAUGCGCAAGUCUUCCAGAUUCCAGGAACGUAUUGGACCAGAAACCCAGAGAAGUACGAGUCCGGAUUUUUGCGCGCCAAGGAUUGCAACAGGGCUGUGCAUCGAUCAGCAACUUUCACGCGGAAGCAGAGCGAUGUCGAUCUUUGCAUUUCUUCGAACCGCGAAGAUGCAACGUCAACGGAGUUCGUGAAAGAGUUUUCUGUCAGGAAAUCUGCGCGAUGUGAAUCCCAGAGUGCUGUCGACAAAUCUCCUGCAAUUUCGAUACCAGGUGCAUCAACAAAACGAAUCAUGCCUCCCAUUAUUUCUGCCUCCUUUGGAGCUUUGAAUCUCGAAUCACGACUGCUUCGGGGAAUGUCCAUGCGUGAAGUGGACAGUGACUACUUCCCGCCGCCGUUCAGAGAAGGUGUGGUUGGAAGCGUAGGGCCCGAAAUGAUGUUCUCUUCAACCUUUGAAUUCACGAGCUCAGAACUCGAAAGGAAUGGCAAACGGUAUUCUGCGGAUGAUGACGUGUACACCUGUUCAUCGACGAAUGUGGCGAAUUCGUUUUGCGCGAGAAGAAGACUCAAAUGUCAUUCUGGCUCCGUUUCGACCGGUGCCAUGCCCAUCACUGCCAGGUCGCUUGUGAAUCCGUUCGAUCCGUCCCACAUGACGAUCAAGUUGACAUCCAACAGACGCCGGUGGACGCACAUUUUUCCUAAAGGUCCGGAAGGUGUCCUCAUCCAACAGCACCAUUUUCAAGCAAUUCCGGCGUCGAACCAAAGUCAAAGCUACAGUUCAGGCUACGAAAGUGAUUCCUCAAACGAUCGCUUAGAACAAAAAAUAUCCAAACGAAGGGUCGCUGCGCAAGGACUGGAAAGCAAGAGAAGUGAAACUCUUCUUUGGGGCGCCACUGGAGAGCAGGAGUGGACGCCAGCCCUUACGACUGGUGUUGAUUGGAAAUCGUUGACGAUUCCUGCGUGUUUGCCCAUCACAACGGACUACUUCCCGGACGAUCGAAGUUUAUGGACAGAUUAUGUUGUUGGAGGCACGAAUACUCUUGAACCUGAAGCUGUAGCAGCUGACAUAAAACGUUUGAAAUACGGGCAUUGGAAACAGUUGACGACAGAGCAGGUUUUCUGGGAGAUGGAAGCUCAGCGUCUACAGCAGGGUUUCCAGUUGAUCGUCUUCGAAGAUAAGCCACCUCCGUCCAAGAAAAAGCUGAAGACAGAGCCUACUGGAUCUCUCUCGAGAAGUAGUAAAGGAAAGAAGAAUCGUAAUAACGUUGAAGGAUCGCCUGGUUCAGGUUCAUUGCAACUGGCCGGUUCGCCAGAUAUGUCGGAAGGAUUUUUUUCGAUGAAACCAAGCCCAAGCUUGAGUAGGAGCAGAGUGAACGUUGGAAAUACGCCAGAGGUUGACGAAAAAUUUGAACGCACGACAUAUUUGUCUAUUGGACGCAUUUUCCAUGAGCUGACUUUGUCUGGAACCACGAUUUCGGUCACCAGAUACUUCCCGAGACAUCCAUAUCCAUCACUGAGCCGCCAGUAUCAGUAUCGUUUUCUGGCACCAUUCUCGGAAAAAUUCGAAAUGUCUAGGACAACAUUUGAGACGGAAAAACUGGAAAACUAUCGAUGGACUUAUUUGGAUAACUAUGUUUGUACAAUGGGAGAAAGUGACUUUCCACUGACAGAAGAUUUGAAGUAUUGGCGGUUUCCAAUGCUGUUGCUUCCGAAUCUAAACCUGGCCCUCAAAGCACCCGAAGAAGUAUUUCAUGGCCCGCCUUAUGCCAAGCUUUUUUGUCCGGAAAAUCUUUCAAACCUCUACGAUGGGUUUCUGCGUUUCAUUGAAGCUGUUGUUAAUCGUAUCCGUCGGUCAACAGUAAAUCGUGGAUUUCCGAAGCCUGUUUACGCGUUACGGGGGUAUCGUUGUCUAUCUCCAUUUUUGCUUGAUGUUAAUUGCCGGACUGCUUACUUCCGAAUGCAGCAGAACUUGAAGCCGUUGUCGUCCGGCGUCAUGAGAUCUGGUCCCACUAGUCCGAUUGCUACUCAACGUGGAGGGAAGUGCAUCUCCCCCAUCACUGUCCAACAAGCGCAACGGUUACAGUCAUGUGAUACGUCUCGUUCCGGAUCUCCUGAUCGAACAGCUCUUGGAGAUGAAUGUGUUGAAUUCACCUGUACUACUAACGUGCCGCAGUCGUCUGAAGAAGUCGAUCCAUUGCCGAAUAUGUGUACGCCGAACCAAGAAUUCUUUGAAAUAAUGAGAGAUCCUGUUGAAGGCAUCAUGCUACUACCGAUGCAGAUCGGACUUCCUAGUUACUCGUUUGUAUCAGGAGAUGCCGUUACCUGGUUCACGAAAAGAAAUCCAAAAGUCACGAACGACCUCGCCGUUAAAAAAUUCCAGGAAUUGUUGGACAGCGGUUAUAUUCUUCAUGCGUCUGGCGAUACGGAAGUCCGUUUUCUGAAUGGGUUCUAUCUGUACUGUUUUUCACCUUCGAAGAUUCCAGUAGGUUCGAAAACGCCAAUUGGGGCUGUGAGAACAAAUUCAGGUGACGAGGUAUCGUCUGAUGGGCAGAAACAAACUGAAAUCGCUUUUCCGCGAAAAGAUAUCGGAUUGUGCUCGUUUCAAGAAGAGUGGGUUGAAGUGGAAACUGUGGAAGUCCCUUCAGUUGCCCUCGAUCUCUCAGCCUUUCUCAAGCCAGAAGUUUCAGAAUCGCUCUUCUGGUGGGUCCCCGGAAAUGUCUACAAGACCGUGGAUAUAGAAGUUGAUCCCAACAGAAAGAGUGACAGGGUCGAAUACGCACAUGCCAAGUAUCAGCAGCAUUAUCGAGCUGAUACAGCGUACGAGAUUAUGAUUUAUUGGAUGUGUGCAACUGGUCCAAUUAUGGGAGAAAUGGCCAUGGCUUGGGCUAGGAAAGCAAUGCAAUAUGGAUUUUAUCUUGUACCCAUUCCUGGUGAUCCGUUCGCAUUGCCGUUUUCAUGGAAAAGUGAUCCAUUGCGUGGGCCGAUUCAUGUUUCUUUACACUGGCGCAGCAUUCUGGAGAAAAUGAACCCGCAGCCGAUGCAUCUGUUCUACGAGUAUCCUCAGGAGUCUUGGAAUACCAGAAUGUUCCUUUUCCAAGAAGCGCUUGUAAGAAGCUUUGGAUUCAUUCCUUUUCAACCAUAUCAGUCCGCUGGCAUAAGUUCAAAUGGAAAUUUAUUGACGGUUCCGAGUCCUGGUGGCGGCUACACCCCAGAUGCUUCCGGCAAUCUUGUUGGUCCCAUGCCUCAGUAUGUUCAUUUUUCUGGGAUUGCGUUCCUGAUGAUACGUCCUAAUCCCAUUUUCGAUGGAAAACAAGGAUCUGUAGGCAAGCCUGAGAAACGCUCGGAGCCCGGAUUUUUGUGGUCGUGGAACUACAUGUUGACGAAAAAAUGGAGACAGAUGGCCAUGGGCGCCCCUCCGAGCGGCGUUGCAACUGGCUCGUCGACAACUGGAAGUUCUGUCAUGGAACCAAUUGAGAUCUACGGGCCGAAGUUGCUCCAGGAAUUUAGAGCGUUCUGUUCUAACCAAAAUGGCUUGCUGGAGCGUUUCCUUAACUGCAUUCAGUUGAGAGGUCCUCUCGAUUUAGUGCGAGUGUCAAGGGUGUGUGGUAGUAAAGGGUCGAGGAUGUCCGAAUUAAAUCCUGCGGCUAUCCCUCAGCAGUGUGAUGAUUGGCACGGAGAUAGCCGUUGGUUGAACAUGCAUCAGCGUUUUGUCAGCCAGACGAAAACGGCGGAGCCCGAAGUCGUUUUCAUCGGUGAUUCUAUCAUUGCACAGUUGGAGCACACCGAAGUGUGGGACAAAUGGUUUGUCCCAUUCCAUGUGCUGAACUUCGGCAUCGGAGGAGAUCAAACUCAGCACGUUCUGUGGCGUGUUCAGAAUGACGAGCUGGAUAUAAUAAAACCCAAAGUUAUAGUUCUGUUGGUGGGAACGAACAAUCACGGACAUACCCCUGAGCAAGUAGCUGGCGGAAUAAAAGCUAUUCUGGAAGCAAUUCGCGAGAAACAGCCUCAAGCUUUAAUUUUGACUCUCGCUCUACUCCCGCGCGGGCAGUACAGGAACCCUUUGCGUGACAAAAUCGCCCGCAUAAACCAACUGAUGGUUGACGUCAUCAAAACGGUUCCAAAUUGCGACCUUUUGGAUCUUGGCUGUGAUCUGCUUGGAGAUGAUCAAACAAUUUCUCAUCGUGACAUGUAUGACUAUCUGCAUCUGACUCCAGAAGGCUACAAAAAGACUUUUGAAAUGCUGCAUUGUUACCUGGAGGAGUUUUUCAAUCCCGGUAAAACUUUGGAGAACUGAUGGUACCUGAAAGUCAAAAAUGCAUGGAUAUUCAAGUGCGGAAUUGCUUUUUGCUUGAUGAGUUUGAGACAAAAAUGUGCGGUUUCCUUCAGUUAAGGUAACUGCCGCAAAUGUGAUUGCGCAGGUCGUCAUUUGAUUUCUUCAACGAGGACUGCGUCGGAUUCGUUCGCUGAUCAGUUUUGAAUUACUUUGUACGUCGAGAACAGUAUUUCCUUGAAUUAUUCAAGGCUUCGAUUUAGCCGAGUGAAGUUGUUGACUUGAAAUCGCGACUGUCAUGUGUACCGAGCGCCCUCAAGGAGAAGGCGCACUUUUAUAUAGAAGAAAAUUCAGUGUAAGAAAUUUAUCCCCGGGUAAAACGCGCACCUUAACGGGACCAAACAAUCUUGAUUUAAAUAAGACACAAGUAUGAAUUCAGUUUCGAAGUGAAAUUUGAAAUAGAUUGCGUUUUGCUUGUGUUUUCAUAUUCCCCAUGAUGUGUUUUGGUUGGGUCAUCCAUACGAAGAAGAUAACCUAUGAAGAAGUUGUGGUGUUCGGUAGAGCAGUUCAUCUCAAAAACUUUGAAAGUAUUUUGUAAUCAAGCUGGGGAAAAAACUAGAAUAACAAGCUUGAGAAUGCUUAUCAAAUUUUCAUCCAUGAUUUUGCUUUUACGGUAUUCACCAUUCGAAGUUGAAAAAAUUGAGAAAUUGAAAAUAUGUGUUUUUAUGAAUUAUUUUUAAAUCUUGAACCUGUAUCACCAAGUGAGAUGCGAGAAAUUGCUAACUCUUGGAUUAGAUUGAAGCCGAUUUUUUAUGAAAUUAGGGAGACUUUUCAGCUCGUAUCAUUCGAAGUUUUAAAUUUAUUUGAGCCCAGAUUCAGACUCCCAUCUUAUUGUUGUUUUUGAAGUGCAGUAAUCCAGUUCACGGAUCGGUCUGUGAUUUGAGUCUUAGCGACUUUCCUUACCCAUUUCUCGACUACAUUUCGACGUAAACUUUUCUCUUGAUGUUCAUCCCUUCUUUUGUUUUGCUUUUGGAAAAAAAGAUGAGUGGUACGCGAUUGAAUGCCUUAUUUGUUGUUGCAUUAGAAGUUGCUGUAUCUGGUGUUUUGGUGAAGCUGAUUUUGUGGAAGUUGAAAAAAAAUCGAGAUUCUGUUCCUCCGGUAGUUGAAUGUUUCUGUCGCGGAAAGCUCGUGUAGGAAUGAUUAGCCUAGCUUUUUGGCCUGGUGAUAUUGUUCCCAUUCGUUGCGACGAGUUUUUGUUCAGAAGACAAUUCAUAUUUUAAUGUAUUUGAUGAAGCAAUCCCUGCUUAAUGAUGGCAAACUGCCGCGAAACGAUCAUUUAACCCAAACGUGAUAAAUUCUUAGAUCAAAGACUAGAUUAUUUGGUCGCCAUUCAAUUUGUUUUGUUUUCAUUUGACCGCAGGUUAUUUUGGUUUAAAGCAUCCCAGUCCUUAUGAUUAGGUUCCCGCUUUAUACCAUCUCAAUGGUCGAUUCUGUCGCACCUCGUUGUUGAACCCGUGAGGAGCGGGGAGGGAGUUCGAAUUGGAUAAACUUCGAAAAGAUGCAGCCGCUGGCUGUGAUGAUUGCUGGAGUGGUGUAGAGGAGAAACAUUUUUGCGAAUAUUUCGUGCUUAUUCGCUUUGCACCGGUUCCCGUUGAAUUUAUUUUUUCUGAACUUGUUUUGAUGCGCGACGCGGUUCAUUCGUUUAUCAGCUCUCCGAGGAAUGAAUUCGAUUUUUUUAA